AAAUGUUUUGCUAUGUUUGACUUUGUGGAUGUGGUAACUAGUGGAAAUCCAGGACGAGCGCAUCACCGUGAUGUAUCAUGGGUAAAUUGUGACAGACUGAUGUGCAAAUAAUAUGUAGUAGUUAUUCAUGAUACACGGUGAUAUAUAGAUCAGAAUCGCCCGUAGUUGGAUACGUUUCAUACAUUUUUACGAAAUAGCUCAUUUUAGCACUGCAUUGGCUUUAAGUCUGGUUGCUAGAGCUUCUUGUUGACAGGUUAUUAUUUAGAAAAAAAAUGCUAACACAAUUAACUGUUUUCGGUUUUGAUUUGAUGAUUACAUCUUUUCCAAAACGGUAUGGAAUGUUAUCAUCUGACUUUUUGCAGGAUGUUACAGAAAAGCGCGGUUAAACAGGCUAUAUUGUAGCAACAACGAGGUGUAUUGAAACAUUGUGUGUCCUCUCUCUGCUGCUUCAAAUGUCAAAGAACGAUUUGGAAGAUGACAUAUGGGAAUAUAAGCCUCUCAACAAGAAGAAAAGAAAGGACAAAGAGACACCUGAUACUUUUAAUGGAUCCAUGGCUAAGUACAGACAAGCCUCACAAUGUUUAACCAAAGGAGAAACUUCUGUCCAAGUGAAGAACACAGUCAGACAUGUGAAGCUCACCAAAGUAGCUCCAAAUAAAACCCUCGGUGUGAAAAAUAAAGAGGUGGCGCGUAGGACACUUUCAACUCAAAAUAUCGCCUUUCCACAGUCGACACAAGAUGAUGAUAGUACACGUACUGCUGGAGAGAACGUGCACCGGGCAUCUUCCCCUGGAGGAAGUUCCUGUCCGAUCUGUCAGAUGCCAUUCUCUAUAUUGGUGGUGCAAUCGCAAAGAUGGCAUGUCGCAGAAUGUCUUGACAAUCCUGGGGAAGACCGCAAAGAAUGUCCCGAUGGUAUCCAGUGCUACUCCACAAUUCUGAGCCACUACCAGAGAUACAGCCACUCCCUGCUUGCCCACAGCCGAGCAACCAAUGAGGCGCCCUGCCUCAGCUUGGAGUUGGUAACCAAUGGCGGGGCCAAUUUAAGCUUGGAGAGCUCACAGGACAGCCAGAGUUAUUCUCCUAUUAACAGACACAGUGGAGCGACAUCCCCCACAAAGCCAAAUGCCCUUCUGCUGCUCCGGUCUCCUGCUCCAGAGGUAAUCCGAAAAAAAAAAGGCUGGUCACCUUCAACCAAAGUCUUGAAGUCUACCCUCCAAGACAAUAAAACAAAAGUGUCAACCCCCCAUAAGGACAAUAGGGGGAGUGAAGGCCUUGAGGGUGGUUUUGUCAACGCAGAGCCCUCUGCUUCUAGUGAUGAGAUCUCCUAUUCCCCCAUGUCUGAGUUUCCCCAAGAUAUGGAAGUUAAUGGGACACAACUAAAAAAAGCUCUAUUUCCAAGCAGUAUGUUGGAAGAUGGGGAAAAUAAUGACUCAAUGUUGUUAUUCAGUGAUGGAGUCUCAAGUGAUAAUGAGUUAUUUUCCAACCUUGUGGCUCAUUCUGAAACAAAUGAAGUUGUAGGUUCUCCAGUAUUCAGCGACAGCCAGGUGGUAUCGAUUAGCUCAUUAGUGCAUAGCAAUCACCUACCUAGCUUCUCAAGAGAAGAGCAUACAGAGGAUAACUGUAAUGCCGUCAGUGCUAGGCCUCCACUCCAGUCUCCAAAAAGUAUAGUAUUAGAAAGCUUAGGGGAGAGCCUGUUCAGCCCAAGCAGCAAUUACAGCCUCCAUUCCAAAAGCUUGGAUCAGUGCCCCACUUACACAAACACGGAGUUGAACGUGUCAUUACCUCAAGUGCCUCCAUCUUCCCAAGCUUCCCCCACCCAACAUUCUCAGGCAACCAUGACAACUAGGAAGGGCAAGUCCUCUGGGCUCAAACAGACAGACAUUGGGGUGUUUUUUGGGCUCAAGCCCCUGAAGGACAAAGGGAAGGAGCAAGAGGCUGGGAACGUUUUACCUGGGGUGGCUCUCCAUCAGGGACCUGUACUUGAAGAGCGCAAGGGAGGUAAAGAGGACAAUGGAGGACGUCAGAGGAAAGGCAGAAGUGCAAAUGCCACGGUGACCCCUAAAGUUGGAGUGCGAUCAGACGGUGGGAGUACACAGACUCCAAGUGAGGGAGGUAGGAAGAGGUGGAACAGGGGGAGAACCGAUGGAGAACAAAGGGAGUCCAAGCGAUGCCCGUUUUAUAAAAAGAUUCCAGGCACUAAGUUUGCUGUGGAUGCUUUUCAGUAUGGGCUGGUUGAGGGCAUCACCACUUACUUCCUCACACACUUCCACUCAGACCACUAUGGAGGCCUGAAGAAGAGCUCUACAUUCCAUAUCUACUGUAACAGAAUCACAGGUAACCUGGUGAAGAGUAAGCUGAGGGUGGCUGAGCAGUACGUUCACAUCCUGCCCAUGAACACCCAGGUCACUGUGGAUGGGUUCAAGGUCACACUGCUUGACGCCAACCACUGUCCAGGAGCUGCCAUGCUGCUGCUGUUCCUGCCCGAUGGCCAGACUGUGCUUCACACGGGAGACUUUAGAGCUGACCCUUCUAUGGAGGCCUACCACGAGCUGCUGAGCUGCCGAGUCCAGACACUCUACCUGGACACCACUUACUGCAGUCCUGAAUACACCUUCCCCACGCAGCAGGAGGUCAUAAACCUUGCGGCCAACACAGCCUUCAUGUGUGUGACCCUCAACCCUCGCACUCUGGUGGUGUGUGGCUCCUAUUCCGUUGGCAAAGAGAAAGUAUUCUUGGCUCUGGCAGAGGUACUGGGCUCCAAAGUUUGCCUGUCCCGGGACAAGUUCAACACCAUGUGUUGUCUGGAGUCAGAGCGCAUCCGCCAGCUGAUCACCACCGACUGGAAGGCCGCACAGGUCCAUGUGCUACCCAUGAUGCAACUGAACUUCAAAAACCUGCAGGCUCAUCUGAGUAGGUUCUCGAGGCAGUACGACCAGCUGGUGGCCUUCAAGCCCACGGGCUGGACCUUCAGACAGAGGGUGGAGGCUGUGGAAGAUAUCAAGCCUAUGGUCCAUGGCAACAUCAGCAUCUAUGGCAUCCCCUACAGUGAGCACAGCAGCUACCUGGAGCUGAGGCGUUUUGUCCAGUGGCUGCGGCCCCUCAAGAUUAUCCCUACAGUCAACGUGGGCAGCUGGGCUAGCCGGAAGGCCAUGGAGAGGUGCUUCAGCGAGUGGCUAACAGAGGCUUACGAGGCUAAUAAUGUUAAAGGAAUCUAAAACAGGACACUUCAGUAUUCAUACACAGUGAAAACAGUAUAUGACACAAUACUUGAGUGUUAGCUAAUUGGUUUAUUCGGAUCCCUAUUAGCUUUUGCCAAAGCAGCGGCUAUUCUUCCUGCGGUCCACACUAAAACACAAAUAACAAAACACUGAUACACAAGAACAGUUAUACAAAUUUAAAAUACACCGAUAUACAAACAAUACAACUAAAGAAUAAUUUGUGUCUAAUUUCUGUUUGUUACAGUGUCUGUGUGUGCCAUGAGAUGUUGUUUUUAAUCAAUUAUUUUAAGGUAAUUUUUCUGUUUGUUUGGGUAAUUGGAGAUGGGAGUUCCGUGCAAUCUUGGCUCUGUAUAAUACUGUGCAUUGCCGUGAAUUUGUUUUGGACUUGGGGACUGUAAAGUGACCCCUGGUGGCAUUUUUUGUGGGGUAUGUAUGGGUGUCUGAGCUGUAUGUUAUUUGAUUAUGCAGGCAAUCUGGGAUUUUCAUUCCUCAUAAAAACUAGAAGAGAAGCAGUUAAUCUCUUGUCAUCCAGGAAACACUGGCAUGCAUGUUGUUGAUGUUCGUUAGGUAUGUGCAGUUAAGGGUAAGGCGUGCUGCUCUGUUUUGCUGCACUUGACCAUAUUACCAAACAGUAAUCACGAUGGGACAAGACAAGUUCCUGAACAACUAGUAUAGUAGAAAAAUGCAGAACAUAUUUUUGUAAACAGACAUGCAUCUUCACAAAUUUGUCAAGAUUACUUUGCCCAUGAUAACUGAACAUACAAUGUUUUACCUAGUUUAGCUCCCUCAACUUUCUUAUGCACAACUCCAGUUGAGAUUUAUCUCUUAGACAAUGUUUUGAACCAAAUACAAUGAUUUUAGUUUUAGAUGUAUUUAAGACCAGUUUAUUAUUAAUCACCCAUUCUGAUACUAAUAUGUCCUUAUUUAGAAUUUCAGUCAGCUCACUGGCUUUGGGUGCUGACAUAUGGAAUCAUCUACCUACAUAGUAAUUCUAGCUUCGUGUAAGACCAGUGGCAAAUCAUUUGUAAAAAUAGAGAAGAGUAACGGCCCAAGGCAACUGCCCUGAGGGACACCACACUGUACAUCUCUGUUAUAUUGGAUAAACAACUCUCCAGGUGAUGUAAAGCCAUAGCAAGUGAGUUUUUUUCAAUAACAAUGUAUGAUCAAUAACAUCAAAGGCUGCACUGAAAUCUAACAAUACAGCUCCAACUAUCAUCUUAUCCAUUUAUUUUAACCAAUCAUCAGUAAUCUGAGUCAGUGCAGUUCAAGUUGAAUGCCCUUCUCCAAAUGCAUGCUGAAAGUCAGUAGUUAAAGAUAUAGCAAAUACCAUUCUCAAUAGUUUCACAUCAAGGUUGAUUAUCAUUAUUGAUGGAUAACAAUACAUUUUACAGCUCUCCCACACUAACUUGACCCUUAUUAUUAAAAUAUGAUUCACUGUUCAAUGUUGUCAUUUAACUUCUGAGUUUAUCAACUUUACUCGUGAAAUAGUAAUUGAAAUGAUUGGCAAUAUCGAAAGGUUUUGUUAUAAGUGACCCAUCAACUUCAAUGAACUAUGAAGUCUAUAAAUAAAAAUGAUAUUUAACUGGG